AUGCCACAAACUUUGACUUUCAGAGACGGCGUUUUUGACACCAACAAUGGCACAGAGCAUUACGACCAGAUAUGUGCCAUCUCAGAGAAAGCUAUUAACUCGGCUCUAGUCAAGCUUUUCGCGCAGAGGCCAUCUUCAGCGGGAGAGAUACAUUGGCAAAACGAAGAUGUGUCCGAUGGCCAGUUAACAUCAACAAUGCUGGCUCCUCAGAUUGAGCUUGAUGUGGAAACUGUGAAUAGUCUCAAAUUCAAGCUUAAACUUCGAAAGCCCACCUCCACUCCGACAGAAGCAGCAGCAGCCGAGCUGGAAGACACAGCUGAGAUUGUGGAUUCUAACCACGCCAAUUCCAUUGAUCUAAUUCCAGGAGAAUACUCUAUUCAUCGGCUCUUAGCCAUCAUUGCCUAUCUCGAUUGGGGUAGCCCUGUGUGGGGAGAAUCUUAUUUGACAAAGGAUGGAACACAGGUAUAUCUUGAUCAGUGGGCAAGAGACCCAAGCAAUAAUGCUUUAUACAGUCAAGUUCAGCAAUUACUGCGAGAAUUGGGGUCCUCAAAGAGACAUGCGUCUUUACUCAUGCAAAACAUGCGUGUCGAAGUACCUAGGCCCAAAGUGAGCCCUGAGAAAGUUUCCUUCCCAUCGAGAAGGCUUCGGUUGCGACAGUAUCCAUAUACCACAGCAGAUAAGCGGGAUGAAUUGAAAAGGGCUGGCACGCCGCUGACUGGCAAGAAUGGGAACCCUUACAAUUGCCUAUGCUUUUGCGAAACGGUUGGCGAUACUUGGGUGCUUCCAGCCGAUCUUUUGCCCUUUUGUGGCAAUUUUGCAUGGCCAAAAGGCGAUUCGGAAUUCGGAGAUGAUGAGUGUUUGGGAACAUUUGUCCACAACCAACUCCCUCUAGAAACAGCGCCUAUUUCAAUCCACCUACAAAAUGUUUGCCUUGCAAGCUUCGUAAUACCCCUUAGGGCUCAUUGGGGAAAAGUUACGGCGUCUCUUGCAGAAAGAUUUCUCUAUCCUCCAUACAUUGAUCAUCAAAUUGAUGAUGAACUGGAAAAGGUAAUCUUACCAAAACUGGACCCGACCAAUUCAUUUUUUGCUAUGGAGAGGCAAAGUAAAGAUCAACUUCGAUGGAAAGCUUCACGCGAUGCACCAGGAAAUAACGUAGCGGUAGCGUUUCUACCCUCGGCUCACGUAUUCCAAUGCUACAAAUAUAUCAUUACGGCUUUAUCGAGCGUGAUAUUCGAAAAGCUGUCAGAUACCUGCUUCAAACUCACAGGGAAUUGUCACUACGACUGUAGGUACUGUGUGGGUUUCGAAGCAGAUAUCGAUAUGAUCGGAGAUCUUGGGGGAACGACUUGCCCCCUUGACAUACCCUGGAGCAUCACAAUUGAUGCGAAUAAUUAUGAUCCCAAUUCUCCCACGGCGAUAUUCGGUAAUUGUACAACAGGAAUAGAAGACGAUAGCGGAGCAGAGGGUUUAAAAUCCUCAGAGCUCGCUAGGCUUGUGGAAGCAGAUCCCCGUCGGGCGUCAAGUCACGGUGCGCCCGACUACGAAUACGUGUCUCACGCUGUCCUCAUCGACGAAUACAGUAAAAAGAUUAGCAGAGCUCUUCAGGGUCUUUCAAACUCCCUCGAUUCCAUCCUGAGGUUCAAGUAUUCUGGAAGCGGCGAAUUAUCAUUUGGACUCAUGGGGAUCAGCUGCACCAGCCUAACGGGUAAUAAUGCAUUUACGCCGAUUGACUAUUCAGAACUAAAUGAGGAUCGAGUCACCUGGCUUUUUUCACAGACGAACAACCCUCAAGACACAAAGGCCCCGGUAAUAAGUGCAGUUUAUUCCUCUGAUACCUCUGUCACCAAAGAUAUACCACAUGUCACUUGGACUUCUUCUGUAGCUUACGACACCAACACGAAAAAAGCUACUCUCACCCUAAAAGGAUCCAAUAAUUCCAAUGCAAAUGUGGCUUUCAAAUCGGUCAAAGCAGUUUUCCUGAGGAUGAAGAGUCUAAAUGAUCUCCCACUUUGGAAUGCGAGUUGUGAUAGUUGGAGCCAAGAUGCUACAUCUGACUCCAGCUGGUCCAUCACAACCGACCGAAUCGCCCAACAACUCAGCACAAAGGUAGAACUUAUCAACAACGAGCUGCAAUUCACCAUUGCCCCUCAUGGAAGUGACGGUUAUGCCGACCCUGACAGAUUCAUCGUCUCCCGAAAUGGAUCUUUCACCCUGAAUUUGAGUGGAAAGGUCAACACAGAUGGAAAGGAUGAUACUUAUGUUGUGCAACUCAAUGAAGAUUGGGCAAGCGUUGUGGUGAUUAAGCCGCUCAGCGGACGAGCAGAUACUUUUCUGAUCAUAGAUCUGAAGGCGGACGGCUCAAGCUCGAGUCCCUACGUUACCACCCAGGUUGAUGCUGAUAUCAAGCGAGGAGUGCCGCAGAAUUGA